UUUCCUCUUUCUUUGAGAGGGCUAAAACCCUAAUAUAUCCUUCUCAUUGACUAAAGAGUUAAGCCUACUCUAUCUACUUUGGAAGCGAUAUUCAAAGGGUUGUAAGAAACCAAAAAAGAAAGAAAAUGGCGUCGUCAUCAAACUCAUACAACUCACCAUGCGCGGCGUGCAAGUUUCUUCGCCGGAAAUGCAUGCCGGGAUGCAUAUUCGCGCCAUAUUUUCCACCGGAGGAGCCACACAAAUUCGCCAACGUCCACAAAAUCUUUGGAGCAAGCAACGUCACGAAGCUCCUCAAUGAGCUCCUCCCUCACCAACGUGAAGACGCAGUCAACUCCUUAGCCUAUGAGGCCGAGGCACGUGUCCGUGACCCCGUCUAUGGCUGCGUCGGAGCCAUCUCUUAUCUCCAGAGACAAGUCCAUAGGCUUCAGAAGGAGCUCGACGCAGCUAACGCUGACUUGGCACAUUAUGGUUUGUCCACAUCAGCCGCCGGAACACCUGGCAACGUCGUGGACUUGGUUUUCCAGCCUCAGCCGCUUCCGCCGCAGCAACCACCUCCGUUGAAUCCGGUUUAUAGGCUUUCGGGGGCGAAUCCGGUGAUGAAUCAGAUGCCACGUGGCACCGGAGGGUCGUAUGGGACUUUUCUUCCUUGGAACAAUGGUCAUGAUCAGUAAGGUAACAUGUGAGAUUUUAUAAAUUAUAUGUACUCAU